AUGAAUUGCUUAAUUUUUACAUUUAUAACGACGUUGUUACUUACAACAGUCAACUCUCAAGAACAAACUUUCCCAACUUGUUCUGUUGCCCAAUAUAAUUAUGAUGAUGCACUAGGAUCAUCAGGACAAAGCACUGUCCAAUUUGGUCUAUGCUAUCUGGAUAACGGGGCCUCUCUUGGUGAUUCUAAAUGGGAAUAUUUGACCGAUCUCACAAUACAUGGUGAUAGAGGUACAACUACUACAUCGCAACUUAAUUUCGACAUUGUUACAGGAGGUGAUUCUAACACUGUUGUAACCGGGGAAGUUUAUGGUCUUAAAAUGACAACUUCAAACUUCACUUUUGGUGCCGGUUCUCAGUUAACCGUACCAAAAACUGGAUACUAUACAUUCAACAUAGCAGCUUCUGAAGGUGCAUUAUUUAAGUUGGCGAACCAAACUAAUGCAUAUUGUUGUGACGGUUCUCAAAAUUCAGAAGAAACUCCACUUUUCUAUGUUGCGGAUCUUCAAUCGGACCCAGAAAACAAUAAACUAGAAGAUUCUGUGUACCUUUUAGCAGGAUUCCGUUACCCUAUUGGGUUGAUAUACAUUAAUACAAAUGGUGGAGAUGCUUCACUUCAACUAACAAUGACUGAUCCAGAUGGGAACACAUAUACAGAUAUUGAUCAGUUCCUUCAUAGGAUUACAGGUGCCGACGCAGAUUAUUGUUCCUAUAUAAAUGUUGUCUCUACCACGACUGUUGAGUGGGAUAGUUCAUACACUCAAACUUCGUUACAAUACGCAACUUCUACAAACAGUGCUGGUUCAAAGGUUAUUGAGUCAUUAUAUAUUGUCCAAACUCCAGCUUUUACUUCAUCCAGUUCCUCAACCUUUGAAAGUUUCUCAACCAUUGAAAGUUCCUCAGCCAUUGAAAGUUCCUCAGCCAUCGAAAGUUCCUCAACUACUGAAAGCUCCUCAGCCAUUGAAAGUUCUUCCACUGUUGAAAACUCUAGCACCAUUAUUUCUGAACCAGUAUCCUCUACGGUUGUUUCAUCAGAGACAGAAUCUUCAAGUAUUGUUAGUUCUGAGGUUACAUCAUCCGAACAUGAAUCCUUAAGCUACGGAACCUCUAUGCCACCAUCUUCUUCUAAGGAUGAGUCCUCAAUAACAAGCUCAAUUUCCACUUUAAGUUCAGAAUCUUCUGUGGUGUCUUCUGAUUUGGUCUCUUCAAUUGAAAGUGAAUCCAAUCCUCAUUCGUCAUCCCCAAGUUCACAAUCUGCUACUACUACCUCAUCUGGCUCAGAUAUAUCUAGUGAAUAUUCUACUUCUAAUUUUGUGGGCGAGUCAUCCAUUCAGGUAUUGUCCUCGGCAAGUGCAACUUCAACUGAAGAUUCCAUGUCAAAGGUUGUUUCCUCGUCAUCAAAAGCUUCUGAGAUGAUUGAUAUAUCCAACAUUUACACUAAUGACAUAUCCACAAGCUCCACUGAUUCUAUUUCCGCAACAAAUAACAAUGUUCUACAAUCUACAGAAUAUGUCACAGAAACCACUGUUAUUAAGAAAACUGUAACUACUUUAUGUUCAACACUUACCUUGCUUCCAGGGGAACCAACAUCAUCUGUGAAAUAUUUUAUAUCUACUUACACAACUGAUAUAACUACUACUAUUGUCGUUACAAGCUGUCCAGAUAAUACGUAUGAUACCACUAAAACUACUCCCUCAACAGAUAAAACAACACAGGUUACGGAGGAAUGUGGCGAAAAUUGUAAGAUAACUACCACUAUAGAAUUAUCAAAUAAUAAUGAAAUCGACACUUCUAUUUCUCUAAGGUCAACCGUCCAAAGUGAAGGGACUAUUUCGAAAAUACCAACAGUGGCAAUUGUUUCAAGCGAACAGUCAUCAGGUUUAACUACAAGUCAUAGCGUAUUGGAAAAUCUAAACGUGGGAUCCAAUAUCAAAACUAGUAUCUUCACAUUCUUAACUACUUUCAUACUUUCACUGCUAUUGUGA